UGUUUGCCUCCAGCACCGUAGUAACAAGGAGUGGGAGCCGCCACCUAAAUAAACCGGAGCCCAGACACAUUAUUAUUCAUCACUUCUUACGGGGAAAGUCAUCGGCGAGGACGGCGAAUGGUUCACUGAGGCUAAAGGGGAACCCAGGACCAUAGGGCUCCAGCCUGAGGGGGUGAACACCCUGAACACUCAGGUACCAGGGCGUUGGAAUAUUAUACACUUGGAGUCACUUAAUGUCUCAUCUGAGGAAACCCCAGACCGUCAGAGAACGAAUGCCGGAAACUAUUGUGAAGAUUAUUGGGAGCAAAUAUGUCCGAUUUCCAGUGGAGAAACCUAAGGAGUUCCCAGAGACCAUUAAAGAGAGGAACGUGUCCCAUGUCCAGGAGAUCCUCGGGGGGAUUCAAGACACAGAAUCUUUGAGACAGAGUUUGCUCACAAGAGACCGGUCAUCGCGUGGUCUUCUCCCGCUUUCGGAGUUCCAGGCGGUGUGUGCGUCUCAUGGAGCGUCGCUGACCCUCUCCACCCUGACUCCUCUCCUAGAAGACAACGUGUUCAGUGACCAGGGAAACAUAAGGUGGAAACAGGUUGUAGAUUUGUUGGAGACCGAAAAAGAAAAGAAAAAAGCGACUGAAGAGAAAGGAAGAGGUCUUGUUGAUGUGGUGAAGGCCAGAGAGAUCAUCAAUAAAUUCAACCUUAUCCACAAUUUGUGCCUUAGUCCUGAGAAAAUCAGCGAAGCUCUAGACAUGUUCCACAGUGGGGGGUACAUACUUUUGGGGCCGGUGCUGCAUUACCUGAAGGAGCUGUAG